AUGGAGACUGGAUACACAUGCGAGAAACCCGGCAGGAAGCUGCUGGUCAGCCUAACACGUUUGGGUCGAGUCGCCAGCGGCGAGCCAAUUGUCCAUGCUGAAGAAUACAGCACUCUCUACGGAGAUACAGCUGGUAUAUCGUACGGCGAUGAUCAGGCUCUCUCGGAUACGUAUGUUCUGGCCCUGGUGCAAAACAAAAAAGACGAACCUCCAAGGCACGAGCGCAAUUGUUCGGUACAUGGCCUCCUCGGCCUCCUCAUGCAUUCUGACUUUAAGCACGGCCCGAACAUACGAUACGGAUGGACCACAAGCGGAUAUGCGAAGGUAUAA